AUGGCAAUAUGUGGAAACCUACUAAUCACUGUUCUGAUAUGGCUUGUCCUUCAUCUCCACACUCCCAUGUACUUUUUUCUUUGUAAUCUAUCAGUUCAGGAUAUUGUGCAUGUGUCAGCCAUACUCCCGAAAUUAAUCUCAAUUGUAUCAACAGGAAACCACAAUAUUUCUUUUGCAGGCUGCUUUUCACAAAUGUUUAUGUUUAUCUUUUGCCUGAAUACAGACUUUUUACUUCUUACAUCCAUGGCUUAUGAUCGUUAUGUGGCCAUAUGCAUUCCUCUUCAGUAUUCUGUCAUUAUGAACGUUCAGACAUGUGUCCUGUUGGUUUCAGCUUGUUGGGUUAUUGGUGUCCUAAAUGCAGUAAUGCACUCUUUUUUGAUGUCACAGUUAACAUUCUGCUAUCAUAAAACUAUCAACCAUUUCUUUUGUGAUUUAAGGGCCAUACUGAAACUGUCUUCAGAUGAUACAAUGCAUAUAAAGACAAUAGUAUUUGCUGAAGGUGUGCUAUUUGGUGUUAUCCCAUUUAUCCUCAUAUUGACUUCUUACGUAUGUAUCAUAUCUUCUAUCUGUAAGAUCCACUCAACAGCAGGUAGACUGAAGACCUUCUCCAGCUGCUCCUCACACAUUGUCACUGUAAUCCUGUUCUGUGGAGCAUCUCUAAGCCAGUACAUGAAGCCAGAGACUGAGCAGUCUGAGGAACAGGACAAGUUGUUGUCCUUACUUUACAUUGCUGUAGUGCCUAUGUUAAACCCUUUAGUUUACAGUCUGAGAAACAAAGCUGUUUUACAAGCCAUGAAAAUCAUCAUUAAAAUCAAAGUGUCUAACUUCCUAUCUGGGGCUUUUGUAAGGUACUAG